GGCUGGUCCGCGGCUCUCAGCGGCGGGCAGCGGUGGGCUCCCGCUGGCCCCUUGGGCGACCCCUGGCAUCGUCUUGUAUGUCGGGGAUCUUCCGCCGUGACUCUCGUCUCGGACGCGGCUGCCCGCGCUGUCUCCCGCCGAACGUAGCUGCCCCUCUUGGACAGCGCGCCGUCCAUGGCGGGGGCUGCCCCGGCCACGGCCUUCGGGCAGGCAGUGAUCGGCCCGCCGGGCUCGGGCAAGACCACGUACUGUUUGGGCAUGAGUGAGUUCCUGCGCGCGCUGGGCCGGCGCGUGGCGGUGGUGAACCUGGACCCGGCCAACGAGGGGCUGCCGUACGAGUGCGCCGUGGACGUGAGCGAGCUGGUGGGGCUGGGCGACGUGAUGGACGCGCUGCGCCUGGGCCCCAACGGCGGCCUGCUCUACUGCAUGGAGUACCUGGAGGCCAACCUGGACUGGCUGCGCGCCAAGCUCGAGCCCCUGCGCGGCCACUACUUCCUUUUCGACUGCCCAGGCCAGGUGGAACUCUGCACGCACCACGGCGCUCUGCGCAGUAUCUUCUCCCAGAUGGCGCAGUGGGACCUCAGGCUGACUGCCGUCCAUCUAGUGGAUUCUCAUUACUGCACAGACCCGGCCAAGUUCAUUUCGGUACUGUGUACCUCCCUGGCCACCAUGCUCCAUGUGGAGCUGCCCCACGUCAACCUCCUCUCCAAGAUGGACCUCAUUGAGCACUAUGGGAAGCUGGCCUUCAACCUGGACUACUACACAGAGGUCCUGGACCUCUCCUACCUGCUCGACCACCUAGCUUCUGAUCCCUUCUUCCGCCACUACCGUCAGCUCAAUGAGAAACUGGUGCAGCUCAUUGAAGACUACAGUUUGGUGUCCUUCAUCCCUCUCAAUAUCCAGGACAAGGAGAGUAUUCAGCGAGUUCUGCAGGCUGUGGACAAAGCCAAUGGCUACUGUUUCGGGGUCCAAGAGCAGCGGAGCCUGGAGGCCAUGAUGUCUGCCGCCAUGGGAGCCGACUUCCAUUUCUCCUCCACCCUGGGCAUCCAGGAGAAGUACCUGGCUCCCUCAGACCAGUCAGUGGAGCAGGAAACCAUGCAGCUAUAGCAACAAUCUGGCUCUGGAGAGCCAGAUGCGUAACCCAGUACCGGGGCAAGUGGCCACUCCCAGCGAGCAGCAGACAGUUCUGCAGGCCCAAAGCCAAGGGCAAAUCCUUUCGGCCAAACUGGGACACUGGCAAAGGGAGACUCGGCCCUGCCAAGGACAUCUAGCCAAGAGGCAGACAUGGUGCCGGCAAAGCGCCCACCAUCCUCUAUGCUCACGAGCUCUGGGCACCACCACCGGGAACACAGCACUGCCCCACCCUGGCAGUGAUGGACUGUACUACAAUACAAGGGUUGACUUUCUGCUUUUGUGGCUUCUACUGUCCAGACCCAGGGAUCUGGGGCAGACUGCCACCUUACCUCUUACCUGGUGGACAUUUUCCCAAAAGUACAGGAGCAUGGGGGUCGGGGGGUGGACAGUCUCCAAUCAUAUGCUUUUGUUCAUAUUCAGUUUUAACAGUGAACCUCAAGAUUGAACUUUCACAGGCAACACUUCUUAGCUAGAUUUUAUUUUAAAGUACUUCUAUUGUAUUUCAUGGUUUUGUUCUGUUUUGGGCAGGUGUUAACUAGUUUUUCAUUUAUGGCAGUGAUUAAAAGUUCACCUUAAAAUGAAAACUAUUUCUAAAAAGUGAAUUAUAAAAAAUAUUGCAUACAUCAUACAUUAUGAUGGUGUGGCAAAAGUUAAGAUGCCUUGAAAAUAAGAAAUAACAUUUGCUUCCUUUGCUCUUGCCAACUAGUUGAAUGCAAUUCAUAUUUUCAGCCAAUAGGUGGCAUCCCAGGCUUGAAAAAAAAUUGUGCCAUUUGCAUUUGUAGCCUGGGGGCAGAAAGGGACAGAUGGCAGUUUUGCCAAGUCUUCCUUCCAGACACUGGGUCCUGUUAAAACAGGGGCUUGGCAUUUUAGAGUGCUUCCACACACAUGGGCCUCAUGUGUCUCUCAGCCAGCAACUCUGGGUGGACAAAAUGGGGGUGUUACUAAGUCCCAUUUUAUAGUGAGGAAACCUCAGGAUCAGGAGCUUGAACUUUGCGUCUCUCAUAGUCCAUUUUACUCACUUCUUAAUCGCAAACACUUCAUAGUGAAAUGUUAAGGCCCCACAGGAUUUGUAGCCAACAGGAGACAGUGUGUAGACACAGAAUGACUAAAUCACAAAUCAGACGGAAGAGAGAUCACUGGUGGCACCUGGAGGAUUCAGUUUAAGGAAACCUAUUCUGAAGCGGCUUUGAAAUGGGGUCUUUCCCUUUCCAGUUUUGGCAGCCAGAGCAUAAGCCAGAAGAGGAAGGGGCUCCAUGGAAGCUGCUGUGGCUGGAACAAUAUGAAAGCCGCCAACCUCCCCUCCCACGCCUGACCAUAGAGGGGAUAAUAACCAGGUGUUGCUUCCCCAGCCUCUUUCAUGUGAGGAGUUCAAAGCAUCUCACCCCUAUUAACACCCUGCACAGUAGGUGGGGAGUAUCAACAGAGCUAGCCAGGGAAACUGAGGCCAGGAGGCUCAGCCUAAGGCUGGCUGUGAGUCACUGUGGUGCCUGGAGCUCAGCAAUCCUGGCGCCCAGGUGCUGGACAAAUUCCUCAUCAGUUAGGAUGUGAGGGUGGGUGCUGUGUUUUUGAAAAUAGCCAGAGCUGUGGUCAUGGGUUUUAAUGCUUACCCCAUCA